UUUACAGGGACAUCAAUAACAUGUUGGAUUGGUGGGGUGGAGGGAGACCAUCCUGCUUUCUGCAAGCAUUGAUUGGACCAGUUGGCUGCAAUGCCUGAGAUGAAGCAGUCUUUCCCUCUGGUCUGGCUCUGGCUGCACUGGUCUGAAUAAACAUAAACCAAGAUCCAACCUCUCCAAGCACAGCAACGAAGGGGUUAAGCCUUGUUCGCUCGCCCAUUGGCUCCCUCCUGUGCACCUACCGCAGGUAGCUGAUCAAUGGCGGGGCUAUGUGAUGUGCACUGUGCCCUCCCUAUGGGACGUGUCCACCCCCUGAGUUUCCAGCGCUCCUGAGCUGAGCUGCUGUCCGAGCCCUCUGCAUCUCACUAGUGGCUGCUGGCCUUGUUCUCUCACCGCUGCUGGGCCCUCAUCCAUGAGCUUCUCCUCAGUGCACCCUGGACUGGGCAGCAGGCCUGAGGCUGGGCAUUUUACAGGAGCCCGGGAGAGGAACUUUGCCCGUGGAGCCUGCAGAUGGGGUCAGAAUUGCCGUUUCUCACACGACCGGAAGUCAGCCCAGAUCUGCAGGUAUUUCCAGAAUGGGUUCUGCGGCUACGGAGACCGCUGCAGCUACCAGCACAUCCAAGACCCUCCAGCCCCUGCUUGGAGCAGAUGCGGCUCACAGCCUGCCUUAUCGCUGAGCCGUCGGGGCUCGGAGCCAGCCGUCCAGCCAGAAGCAGCAGCUGGGAGCUGGGGAGGAGCCAGGCGUGGCUCGGAGCCCUCUGUCCCUAGUGUGACACAGCUGCAACUGAACUUCAGGCAGCUGAGCACAGAGUUUGAGGAGGAAGAGGAAGAUAAAGAGACCGUCCCCACGUAUCCCCCAAACGGGGCCGUCAGCAGAGAGUUUGUCCCCAGGCAGGCCCCGCGUGGAUCAGGGUCCCGACCCUGGGAUCUGGGAUUGCAGAGAACUUCCCUGGCACCAGAGGCUGCAUCUAACAAGGCAAUUGUCCCAGCACCUCGAACCCUAGAGGCAGCUGGUGGGCUGGGCGCAGCUGCUGCAUCGGUGGGGGAGCUGCGGAGCGAGGACGUGGUGUGCGGCAUCUGUAUGGACAAGGUCUACGAGAAGGCCUUACCCGAGGAGCGCGUGUUUGGCAUCCUCCCCAACUGCAGCCACGCCUACUGCGUCGGCUGCAUCCGCAAGUGGCGCAAGAGCCGGGAGUUCCAGAAUGCGGUGAUCAAGGCCUGCCCCGAGUGCCGGGUCACGUCCAGCUACUUCAUCCCCCACAAAUACUGGGUCUCCAACAGGGACGAAAAGGAGAAGCUGAUAGAAACCUUCAAGGCGAGGACAGGGAAAAUAAAAUGCAAGUUCUUUGCCCACGGCCGUGGCCGCUGUCCCUUUAAAUCGGAGUGCAUCUACCUUCAUGAGCUCCCGGCCAGGGUGCGGCCCCCUCGACAGAGACCUCCAUGCAGGACAGGCCCGGUGGCAUUCAAUCCCUCUCCCUCUGAGAGUUCCGAGGAGGAGGAGGACGAUGAUGUGUGCUUGUUCCCAUGGGCUCUCACCUUUGCACUGCUGCGGGGGGACAUCGAUGAUCCAGACUACUGCCAUGAGAUCUUCCUCUUGGAUUCCAGUGACUCAGACUAGAAAUUCCACUGGGCCGGGCCUGGCUCGAUGGAGUUGGGGUCACUCCGUGGCUUGUGAACCUAUAUCUUUUGGGUGGGGGGAGAUGGGGAAAGAAAAUUGACUUCUUUUAAUCUGUCUAGUUGUGUGUCUGGCAGGACUUCUAGUGAUCCGAAACCACUCUGCACAAGCUGGGGGAACGCAGCACUGUCAGUGGGAAGCUCUCCCAUUCCACAGGGCGGUGGGAUGGCGGUUACCACUGCCACGCUGCUCUUUCAUCCAUCCUGGGGCUGAUGGGACUGACCGCUGACCCAUCGCACGUCACGUUUCCACUUCCCUCCGAAACGGCACCUCUCCCUCUCUCCGCGGGUUCCUCACCGCCAUGGCUUCCCAGCCUGGGAUCUGGUGGUGUCCCCAGUCCUAUGGCCUCCCAGCUGCCUUGCUCUAGGAGUAGGCUGUACGUCAGGUUUCGCGGUGGUCCUGCAGUCUCUGUGUUGUGGUUGGAGGCAGAGCAUGCUUGCUGCUGAGGCUACAUUGUUGUGAAGGAGAGUCAGUUGAGCAGUGCUAUUGGCCACAGCAGCAGGCAGUGUCUGCAUCUUGGCGGGUUGCUCUAGUAUUGAUUGCAGUGCUGCCAGGCAUCCAUAGCAGGCUUAAAAGGGGGAGCAGUCUGGGAUUAGUGGGUGGGGGUUUGGGGCUUUUUUUAUUGAUACAGGCAUCUGUCUGAGGUUUCAUAAUGUAAGCAGGGAGACCCGCUCCAUGGGAGCUGGAAGGGUUGCUGCCUGGUCGUGAAGCUGCCUGUGCACAUACUUAGCAAACCUUUUAACUCUUUCAGAAGAUAUCUGGAGACCACGAAAUAAAAAUCAGCUUUAAAAACUAA